AUGGCAUGGCUUCGGACCGUUUGGUGUUUGGGCAGCCUUUGCUUGGCCUGGGCGCUCCGGGUCGAUGAUCGCCAUCCACCUCCCUGCCGUGAAGAGUAUACAUGCGAUGCGGGCAGGGUCAAUGAGUCUGCACAGAGCCAAGAGCGCAUUGCAGUGUACACAUACAAUAUCGGUGGCUACGAGGAGAUGCGUGGUGACCACAUUCCAUGUGUCCCGUCACACCUCGAUGCUUUCCUGUUUGUAGAUGAGGUUAGUCAGAAACGUUUUGGCAUGACGGCUGUGAAGAAAUGGCAAGAGAUGGGAUGGCGUGUCGUGAACUUCUCGCAGGUUGAAGGAACCAAGUAUGUACCCAGUCCCAGAUUGACGAGCAAAUCACUGAAGUUCGAACCGCCUGGAUGGUUGUUGAAUGGUACUUGGCAAUGGUUGGUUGAGUACGAUGGCAACAUCGUGGUAGACCUGCAUAGACUUGCACCAUUUUUGCAAAGGCGGAGAGAGCAGGCCUUGGUUCUUCUAAACUGGGGCUACCACCAGGACUGCAGUGAUGACAGCUUCAAAUGCUUUAUGACGGAAGUGACAAGCAUGCUCACGGAGAGGGUUGAAUAUGUUGCUCGUUCCAAAGAGAAUGUUCUAAAGUGGAAAGAGCUCCUAGACCAGAUGCAUCAGGGCCGGCUGACGCAGGGAGGCCGGAAAUAUAUGCCAUCGAACUACUAUGAGACGAAUGUGAUGUUUCGCAACCUGAAUCAUGCUAAAGCUGACAAAGUCAGAGAUGCUUUUAAGAAGACCUUCUUGAAGUGCCACGAGAUCCAGCGGGAUCAGUUUGUGUUGCCGUUUUUUCUCUGGCAAGAUGGGCUCGAUGAGGACACGCAGGCCUCUCCCAUCGAGACCCUGGUUGACGAGCUCGGAUACUGCAUGGUGAGCACGCGUGUGGGACGAAACUAG